CUUCCACCUCCUCUCAUUACACACGCCAUCAAUCUCUCGCCACCAACACCACCGGUCCGAGCACCACCGAGCGAUGGCUUCUCUCGGAGUCUCCGAAAUGCUGGGCAACCCCCUCAACUUCAGCAGCACGGCCAGGUCGGCCCCGACCGCCUCCAGCCCCGCCACCUUCAAGACCGUGGCCCUUUUCUCCAAGAAGAAGCCCGCCAAGGCCAAGUCCGUUGCCGUCUCUCCAGCUGACGAGGAGCUCGCCAAGUGGUACGGUCCUGACAGAAGGAUCUUCUUGCCUGAUGGUCUCUUGGACCGGUCCGAGAUCCCCGAGUACUUGACCGGAGAGGUGCCCGGAGACUAUGGCUAUGAUCCUUUUGGCCUCAGCAAGAAGCCAGAAGACUUCAGCAAAUACCAGGCCUAUGAGUUGAUCCACGGUAGAUGGGCCAUGCUUGGAGCUGCCGGCUUCAUUAUACCCGAGGCCUGCAACAAAUUUGGCGCCAACUGCGGCCCCGAAGCUGUCUGGUUCAAGACUGGAGCCCUCCUCCUGGACGGGAACACAUUGUUCUACUUUGGGAAGAACAUUCCCAUCAAUCUAGUUUUUGCUGUCAUUGCUGAGGUUGUCCUUCUUGGAGGUGCCGAGUACUACAGACUUUCUAAUGCCUUGGAUUUCGAGAACAAACUCCACCCCGGUGGUCCAUUUGACCCGUUGGGUCUCGCCAAGGACCCAGAACAGGCUGCCAUCCUCAAGGUGAAGGAGAUCAAGAACGGCCGCCUCGCCAUGUUCGCCAUGCUUGGAUUCUUCUUGCAAGCCUACGUUACCGGUGAGGGACCUGUUGAGAAUCUUGCGAAGCACCUCAGCGACCCAUUCGGAAACAACUUGCUCACCGUGAUUGCGGGAACGGCGGAAAGAGCUCCUACCCUGUGAUUUUAGUUCUUGAGAUCAACCUCUCGAGCAUGGGAAUGAGUUGUACAUCUCAUCGAGACAGUUUAAGGCACUAAUCAGAAUUUCCACUUGGAACUUU